AUGGCUUCUAGUCCAGAGGCAGAACUUUUCUGUUCAAUCUGUGAUGAAAUCUUCAAGGAUCCGGUUGUUCUGUCAUGUGGCCACAGCUUCUGUAAGGAGUGUCUAAAGAAAUGGUGGAGAAAGAAACCAGUACAAGAGUGUCCAUUUUGUAAAAGAUCUUCAAAAUCUGAUCCACAUUUAAAUCUGAGCCUGAAGAACCUGUGUGAGAUCUUCUUACAACAAAAAGAUCAGAGAUCUUCAGAGCCUGUGUGCAGUCUGCACUCUGAGAACCUCAAACAGCCAAAGUUUCUCAUAUGCAGCGAUUCAGAGAAAAACAAAGAGCGCAAAUUAAAUGAGGCUGUUCAGGAACACAGGAAGACUCUUCAAGAAACCCUGGAACCUUUAAAGAAUAAUCUGCAGCGCAAAAAAACCAUUAAAGAAGAGUUUGAUAAGACAGCAGAACACAUAAAGGUCCAGGCCAAAAAAACAGAGAAUCAGAUUAAGGAGCAGUUUAAGAAGCUUCAUCAGUUUCUAGAAGACGAAGAGAAGAACAGGCUGGCUGCACUGAGACAGGAAGAGCAGCAGAAGAGUGGAAAAAUGAAGAUGAAGUUGAAGCCUCUGAGUAGAGAGAUAGCAGCUCUUUCUGACAUAGUCGGAGCCACAGAGGACGAGCUGAGGGCAGAAGAUGUGUCUUUCCUUAUUAACUACAACACUACAAUGGAAAAAGUCAAGCGCUGGUGCCUGCAACAGGAUCCACAGCUGCACCCAGAAGCUCUGAUAGACCAGGCCAAACAUCUGAGAAACCUUGGCUACACCAUCUCAAGUAAAAUGAAAGACAAGUGGUCCAAUUCUCCUCUUGUACUUGACCCAAACACAGCGGGUUCAGAACUCAUCCUGUCUGAAGAUCUGACCAGUGUAACUUCAAGAGAGAAUCAGCAGCUUCCUGAUGAUCCAGAGAUGUUUAGAUCAAAGUUUUCUGUCCUCAGUUCUGAAGGCUUUAACUCUGGUAACCACAGCUGGAUUGUUGAUGUGGAAGACAGUAAGGGUUGGAUGAUUGGUGUGUCAGCAGAGUCUGUCCAGAAGAGGGAAAAUAUAUAUUCAACAUGGCUUGUCAUCCAACUCCAUGGAGGUAAAUACUCAGCAUGGUCUCCACCAGCUACUCCCACAGUUCUCCCAGUACAGAGUAACCUCAAAUGGAUCAGAGUGAAUCUUGACUGGGAUAAAGGAGAGCUGCAGUUUUUUGAUCUAAACACUAAAACAAACAUUCAUACCUUCAAGCAAACCUUUACUGGCAACAUGUUUCCAUGCUUCACCACUCUGGGUGAAAUAAAGAUGUUACCUGCAGAUUUUAAUCCCCCCCUAUCAAGAAGGAUUACUUGUAAAAAAAGUAAUUGGCGUCCUUAUAAAUAUGUGGUCGUCCCUUCCUGA